GGGUGGAGGACAGCAGCAUCAUGACCAUCAAUGAGUAGGCAACGUAGCCUUCAGCACAACGUGAUAUAAGACCUGAUACCCCACCUACGCUCCAGUUUCUGAUUGGCGUUACGCGGGUAUCCAGCUAUUAUUUAUUACCCCAAAGCGUGGACGCCUCAUUUAUCCUGACCGGAUCUCUCUGCAGGAUCUAUCCGUUCCCUCUUCACUCUGCAGCAGGGCGCACGCAGCUGACUUUAAAAAAAAAACAAACAAAUUAUCUGCUCGACAGAAAUCAGGUGGUGCUGAAAAUAUGAGGAGAAGUUUGCUUCUGGUGACUCUGUUUCUCAUCAUGAAACUUCGAUACAGCCAGUCCAGAUGCGAGGAGCCCGGAUCGCGCAGAUCAACUUCAGAUCAAUCCACAGGCUUGGACAACCUCAAGCGGAACAUUCUGAAGAGGUAUAGCGAUUUAGAUUACGACAGCUUUGUGGGUCUGAUGGGCAGAAGAAAUGCUGAUGAAAACGCCAUACCAUCACCACAAAAAAGGGAAAUGCAUGACAUCUUUGUUGGUCUCAUGGGAAGGAGAAACUCGGAGCCUGAUAAUGGCCCCUGGAGGAGAGAGUAUCCUGAGAGAAGAGGCAUCUUUCUCAACAAGUGCAGGCUGAGGUUUCUUCAGGGGCUUUAGGCAUUCAUACUGAAGCAACUCUCAUCAGGCAACAAUGGUGUUCAUGAGAGGAUUCUUCAAGCCCGGCUGUGGUGCAGACAGUGAUGUUCAAUCACACCUGCUACAAUGUUUACCGUUAACAUAAAAUGACUUGACAAGAGGGACUCAUCAGAGUUUUAUAUAAUACUGCAAUCAUCAGAAGCUUCAGUGUUUUCAAACAGAGGGUUUCAAGUACACACUUCUACAUUAUUGCAUCUCAUAUCACUCAAGGGUUAAAAAAAAAAAAACACAUUCACAGCACAGUUGUUGCUUUUCAUAUUGAAACAAACAUUGUAUCACUGCUGGCUGUUGGAUUUAGAGUCUGCAUUAAUUGCAGGAGAUUCAAAGAGAAAUUUAAAAAGGGAAAAUGUAAAAAAAGACACAAAACUUAAGUCAAUUUGCAUGCAGUUUCAGCCAGUCAAAAAAAUAUUUUUCAGAAAAGUAACCGUAAAUAAAAACAUCAGAUCUAACAUCAGAAAAGCAGAGGCCAAGAGGAAAGAGGCUAUAAGUUGUGACAGACUGUGAUUUGUUGCUGCUCUGCAUUUAAAAAAAA